AUGGAGCUAAAUUACAGUUUCCGUCGCUGUGUUUUCAGAGUUAUUUCAACGAAGAUGGAUUUCCAAACAACUGUUUCUAGUGAUUAUCAAUGGCCUUUUGCGAAACCAAUAGUUGGAAAACCAUGCGAGCCACCCAUCCCAGACCCGGCCCCUCACUUCCGCCCGGCUCCGGUAGCCCCGUACUGCCACUGCGAUGCCCACUCAUAUGAGCCACGCGUGGAGCAGUACAAACAACUGCUGGACAAAGAACAAAAGCUGUGUCAGGACUAUGCACAACUAAGCAAACAGAUGGUGGAUGUAACUAAUGACAUUCUUGACCAUCCCUGCGAUGAUCUUGAUAGUAAAAUGAUUACCAUGUACCAAUCGACUUUCAAAAAAAGAUCAUUUCCAGUGACUGAUUACCGUAAGAUAAUAGCUGCUUCACAGUCCCCAGCGCCUGUUCCAGUAGAAAGUAAUCGCUUAGGUAUUUUGCGUUGUUACAAGGACCCGACCCAUUUCACUGAACCGCCUCCUAAGGCUCGGCCAACCAUUAACCCUCCAGGAACUGUAAACACUGGAGUUAUGCCGACAUCUAUAAAAACAUAUAUGACUACGUACCCAGGACGGACAGAGUAUAUGGACGCUUACAGUGCCACGGGCAAAGCUUUCUUGAACUCCAUGCAAAGAUUUAAAGAACCGAUGCCCUCAACACGGAGAAGGGCGGACGAUACUUGCAUUUGA